AUGCUCCAACAAGCUCAAACUAUUAAGUCGACAUCAUUCCCACCUCAUUCAACGUUAAAUAAUAUCAACAAUGAUAAUACAACCCUAAGGAAGAAUAUAGAGUUUAUCCUUUCAGCUGUAUUUGAUAAUCGAUUAGGUCCUACUAUCAAAUAUCAAUAUCCUAAAAGUAUACCUGGUUUUAAAUAUCCAUCGUCAUCAUCAUUAUUAAGUCCAGGGUCCCCGAAUAAUAGCUCCAAUCCAGAUGAGCCUUUGAACCUAGCCAAUUUAAUGUUACCGAAUAACGUUGAAAAAACUCCAGGCAAAGCAGACUUCACCGUUUUCAUAUUGUAUCAUAAUAAAAUUACUCAAACAUAUCAGCUAUUCCCUCCCUCAUCCAAGAAAAUUAAAAAUGCCGUUGUGCAUUCAAGUGCUAAUAAUACCCCGAAAUACGAUAAAUUGAAAAGAUACAGCAUACUUGUGGAAGAUGACGAAACUGCAGACAAAGUUGAUGCCCUAAAAACGACCGCCGAAGCUCCAUUAUUUUUCAUAAAUGUCGUAAAUACAGUCUUAGAUGAAACUAACGAUAGAGGUGCCAUUAUUAAAUCGCUUGCUGUGGGCACAACUCUGAAAAAUUUUAAUAUUUUUAAACCACUAUUACUUAUGACUUUACAUUUUUAUAUGUUAAAUCCACGAUAUUCAACAGCACAAACUCUUAUCGAUUGCUUCAACAUGCUCAAUAGUUUAGAUUUAUCAAUUGUCCAGAAUCUACAUUCGAAAGAUCAACUACAAUAUAUGUUCAAUUCAAUAAUGGAUCAAUCAGUGCUCCAAACUUUGUUCGAUCCGAAUAAAGGAAAUUUCAAAAAAAUAUUGAAAUGUAAAAUAAUACCCCAUAGUGAUGAGUUUGGCAAUAAGAUAUUAUUCCAUAAUGAAACAAUACAUUACUAUUUUGAUUUGUUUAAACCUACAAUUCUGCCGAAGCACUUUUCAAAGAUACCAUUGCAAGUAAGUUUAAUCAAAAGUGACCCUAUUAACAUAUCACUGAAUUACAGUUCAUAUGUUCUAAAUUUUCUUAACCAAUUUAUUCCAUUUUUACAGAAGUUAGAUUUUUCAAAAGGCAUAAAACCAUGGAAGCUUCUAGUAACCUCAACAAAUGAAACCAAAUCAACGUUGAGUGAUUUUAUAAUUGCUCUAUCAAAUCUAGUCUCUUGUUUUACAGGGAAGCAAAAUAAUUAUUUCAUGAAUAAACACAUAUUAAUUUUUCCAUAUAUGGAUAUAUCUAUAAUUGAUGCUUUACGAAAGUUCCUAGAGCCUACUUCAGAAUUUCACGAUAGUUUCACCAUAGUCGGUACAGGGAAUCCAAUUUUCCAAUUUCAAACAGAUAUUUGGGACUAUUAUUAUGAUAUGGACUCAGAAAUUCUAUAUGAUGCUUCAAAUCAUAGUAAUAUCAAUAGCAAUUCCUUGGAAAAACUGACUUUACAACAAGAAUUAAGGAACAGCUCAACAUCGUUAAAGAAAUUAUUUGCCAAACCGUACACUGUAACGACGAUUUCGAGUAAUAAUUCAUCUAAUCAUGAUAAUUUAACUUCUUCCAAUAAUAGCAUUAAUAUUAUAAAUCAUGGUUUACAAAGGAAUAAAAGUCAUUCCGUGUUAAAUCCAUCUUCGCAUUCACGAAUUGGUUUAUUGCAAAAAUUUAUACCAUAUUUGAUUCAAGAACAACAUGAUAAUCAAACUGUGAUAGCUCUUUUCAAAAGAGUUAAUAUGUUACAACUAAUAUUCUUACUAAAUUCACCUACAAACAAAAAUAUAAAUGUACCAAAUGAAAUGUCAUUACAGGACGAGUACCUAUGGGUUUAUAAGGAUUUCAUUAUUUUUGCAGAAUUUUUCACAUAUUCUGAACUUCAUAUAAUCCGAAUUUUAAUAACCUUCGAGAAUAACCUUCAAUUAUUAGUCAAAACUAAAGCAGAAAAGAACAUAAGCAACGACAAACUAUAUACUCAAUUGACAACCUUAUUAGAAACCACUCAAGAAUUGCUUUCAUUUGUAACGUUGAACAAAUCUAAUUUAGAAAGGUUCAUAAAUGUCCUUCAAGAUUAUCCAACAUUACGCAUUUGCCAUGAAUAUGAUUUAAUAAAACAUGACUUCAAUAACACUAGUCUUUCUAAACUCGUCAGACCCGCAAACAAGAAUGCUUCGUUGGUGGAAAGUUUCAUUGAAAAUCUUGGUUUUAAUUUAUUAACUUCAUUCUUAAUAUCUUUUGACACUAAAGAACAAUCUAAAACAACUACGGGGCUUAAUCGUUCACAAUCUUUAUUCAAAGACUUUGCUCCAUCACGUAAAAACAAAAAUAAUCUGAUGAGAUCGAGUUCGGUAAAACGUUUGCUAAGAAUUCAUAAUCAUAGUAGCAGUUCUGAUGUUGCUGAAAAUACUCCCCAAGUUCUUAUUCUUCGGCAUAAGGCCGAUACUUUUCCCUCGGUAUCAUCAUCAUCCGGAAGUUCAGAUCGAACCGACACAAAAGAAAUAAACUUACAAUCUACGAUUGAGAAACGAAUUCUUUCGAUCAAACAUAAUCUUGUUCGGAUAAUUUACAAAAUCGAACGCCAUCCGGUGGGUCAAGUUCUGGUAAAGCGAUAUAUCAAAGACGAUAUUCGAGAAGUUUAUGAUUUUUUAAAAAUAGAAUUUUCUUCUCCACUAUCUCCAACAGAAACAGCAGCAUCGAUACCUACAGUACCCGAGGGUAUACCUAUGAGUCCUCAAUCAUUCUCUUCAAGUCGAAAAGACUUAGUAAAGGAAUUGAACAUGAUUGAAGAACAACAAGUACAACUAAAAAUAGCAAGUGCAAAAACCUCCCAGGACAACUCUGUUGUCUAG